AUGGCAGAACAAGUUAAUCACAACUCGAUUGAAACUCUCGUUGGCUCCAACUACACCAAAUGGAGGGAAGAUGUGGAAAUUGCUGUAGGUCUGCUGGACUAUGAGAUGGCUAUUGAAGUAGAUGCUCCUGCAGUACCUGAUGCAGAUGCAUCUGCUGGAGCAAAAGCAAAAUAUGCCAAAUGGGUUAAGGCAAACAAAAUGGCUAUUCUAAUCAUGAGAAGGUCAAUUUCACCAUCUGUCAAGGGAAGCAUUACAUCAUGUGAUAAUGCCAAGAAGUUUAUUGAUUCUAUUGGGGAGAAGUUUCAGGAAUCAGAAAAGGCUGAGAUUGGAACUCUAAUGGGACAGCUUACUGAUACAAAAUACAAUGGGGAAAGAUGUUACUUUCAAGCAUCUUAG